CAUUGGUAAUUAUUGACAAGAAAAAAGAGGAGGACAGAAAAGAAAGGAGAGAUUUUGAGUGUUGGGGAAGUGAGAUUAAAACCAUGGAGAAGUGGGUGUCAAUGCCAAAGGUGGAGCUUCAUGCUCAUCUCAAUGGAUCUAUUAGAGACUCUACUUUACUAGAACUUGCAAGAGAUUUGGGUGAGAAGGGUGUCAUAGUUUUCUCUGAUUUUGAGCAUGUUAUACAGAAAGAUGACCGUUCUUUAACCGAAGUGUUCAAGUUGUUUGACCUGAUCCAUAUUGUUACUACUGACCACCAAAUUAUCACAAGAAUCACCAAAGAAGUUAUUGAAGAUUUUGCUGCUGAGAAUGUUGUGUAUCUGGAGCUCAGAACAACUCCAAAGAAAAAUGAUUCCAUAGGAAUGAGCAAACGCUCUUACUUGGAAGCAGUACUGGAGGGUAUAAAGGCUGUGAGUACAGUUGAUGUUGAUUUUAGGCCUCAUGAUGCUGUUGCCAGGAUUCCCAAGAAUUCUCCACCUAUAUAUGAUACAUGUAAUGGAAGUACAAGAAAAAAGAUUUACGUGAGACUUCUUUUGAGCAUUGAUCGUCGGGGAACCACAGAGGCUGCAAUGGAAACUGUGAAUCUUGCACUGGAAAUGAGAGAUUUAGGGGUGGUUGGUAUCGAUCUUUCUGGGAAUCCGAUUGUGGGAGAUUGGAGUACAUAUUUGCCAGCAUUAAAAUUUGCUAGAGAGCAGGGUCUUUAUAUAACCCUGCAUUGCGGAGAGGUGCCUAAUCCAAAGGAGGUACGAUCAAUGCUAGAUUUUCUACCGCAGAGGAUUGGCCAUGCCUGUUGCUUUGAAGAAGCAGAAUGGGAAAAGUUAAAAUCUUCAAGUAUUCCGGUUGAGAUUUGUUUGACAUCCAACAUCAGGACCAAUACAAUUCCUUCACUCGAAAUUCAUCAUUUUGCUGAUCUGUACAGUGCAAAGCAUCCUCUAGUCCUCUGCACCGAUGAUUCUGGGGUCUUUUCUACCAGCCUUUCCAACGAGUACAACCUUGCUGCUUCUGCAUUUGGUCUUGGAAGGAGGGAAAUAUUUCAGCUAACAAGACAUGCGGUCGAGUUUAUAUUUGCUGGUGAUGGAGUGAAGAGAGAAUUAAAGGAGAUUUUUAGUUCUGCUGAACAGAAGCUCGACCAAUGAUUACCUUUUGAAUUUAGGGGCAUAUGCAGAAACGCUGAUGAUAUAGUUGUUGAUGAUUUUUAGAGCACCAGAUGGAGCAGAGCAUCUCAUUUCAUAAGUCUAUUAUCACCUGUUAUUGACAUCUUCAGAAUUUUUUUUGUUUUCUUCAAGUAAUGCAGAAUCUUCAUUGAAUAUGACAAAUUUUACUGAGUUGCAAAUAAAAAUCUAUUUCAUGCUUGGCCCUUUCUAAUA